AACGGGAGCUGCAGACCGUGCAAGCAACGGGAGCUGCAGACCGUGCAAGCAACGGGAGCUGCAGACCGUGCAAGCAACGGGAGCUGCAGACCGUGCAAGCAACGGGAGCUGCAGACCGUGCAAGCAACGGGAGCUGCAGACCGGGCAAGCAACGGGAGCUGCAGACCGACUCUCCCGUUACCGAGGGAGCCGCUGCGUGACCGGAGCAGCAUUGCAGAGGACGCGCCGUCGCUAUUUUUAAUUUCAAUAGAAGCAGAUGAGAAAUGGCCCUGCUGCUGUUAGCCCUCUGCCCCCUCGUCCUGGGAUCCAUCUCGGGACAAGAAGAUGAUGACCGGUCGCUCAGGGUCACGCUCUCCGCUGACCCCCCUGUGGCGACCCCCGCUCUGGGCGGCUCCCUGACCCUCCCGUGUCACUUCCUCCUCUCUGACCCCAUGCCAGUGUCCGGCCGCCGGGCUGUGCUGGCCACCCCGCGGGUCAAGUGGACGGUCAUCACAGAGGGCCGCGAGCUGGAGAUCCUGGUGGCCAGGGGUCAGAGGGUGAAGAUCAACGAGGAGUACAGGGAGCGAGCCUCCUUGCCUCACUACCCCUCCUCGCCCACAGACCUCACGCUGCGUCUGGACGCCGUGAGGAGCAACGACUCAGGGGUCUACCGCUGCCAGGUUCAGCAGGGGCUGGAGGAUGCGUAUGACCAGGUCGAGGUCAAGGUCAAAGGCGUGGUGUUCCACUAUCGCGAUGCCUCCAGCCGCUAUGCCUUCUCGUUCAGUGCUGCCCGGCAUGCCUGUGCUGUGAUCGGGGCGCGCAUCGCCACUCCAGAGCAGCUUCUGGCAGCCUAUCGCAGCGGGUUUGAGCAGUGUGACGCAGGCUGGCUCUCCGACCGGACCGUCAGAUACCCAAUCCAGAUGCCACGAGAGGGUUGCUAUGGAGACAUGGACGGAUUUCCUGGUGUGCGAAAUUAUGGGCUGCAGGAAGCGGAGGAGCUGUUUGACGUGUAUUGCUAUGUAGAGAAUUUAAAUGGCGCGGUCUUCCACGCCUCGUCCCCGGGACGGCUCACCCUGGAGGAAGCAAAGAGGUACUGCGGGGAGCAAGGGGCGGAGCUGGCCAGUACCGGUCAGCUGUACGCGGCGUGGAACGAGGGUCUGGACAACUGCAGCCCAGGCUGGCUGGCGGAUGGCAGCGUGCGGUACCCCAUCACCACGCCACGUGAUCGCUGCGGGGGCAGCCAGCCUGGGGUCAAGACCGUGUACCUGUAUCGCAACCAGACCGGUUUCCCUGACCCCAACUCCCGCCACGACGCCUACUGCUUCAGAGGUGAUGGGAUGUCCCACACGGAGUCUCCUGUGGGAUACCAAUCCACCGAACCUGAGGAUAUCAAAGCCAUCACGACCCAGACAGACACCCUGCAGGAGAUACAGCUGGCCAGGGAACAGGAGGAGAAAGCGAGCGAAGCUAAGGGGGCGCUGGACUCCUUCCCGAUUACCAGAGACAGCAUCGAGGGCCACGAGGGCCAGGGGCCACUGAGCUACCCAGACCCCUACGACCACAUGGACGCCUUGCAAGGGUUCGAGGACAGUUCGGAGGAGCUCCCUUACCCAACACCCUCUACCAAUCCCGCCCCUGAAGGUUCAGUGUCCUUCCAGCUGACUCCUGCUACUGAUGUAGUAACCGGAGUACCAACGUCACAGUCUGAAGUUUCAGGAACCAUCGCUUCAGGAGUUCCAGGAGAAGAAGAGAUAGCGCUGGUGGAGCAGGAAGCUGGUGGGACCUCUGUAGAGAUGCCCACAGGAUCUGGAGGAAACCCCAAACAUUACGAACCCAUGCCUGAAACAGACAUAACUUCUGGGGUACCAACGUCACAGUCUGAAGUUUCAGGAACCAUCGCUUCAGGAGUUCCAGGAGAAGAAGAGAUAGCGCUGGUGGAGCAGGAAGCUGGUGGGACCUCUGUAGAGAUGCCCACAGGAUCUGGAGGAAACCCCAAACAUUACGAACCCAUGCCUGAAACAGACAUAACUUCUGGGGUACCAACGUCACAGUCUGAAGUUUCAGGAACCAUCGCUUCAGGAGUUCCAGGAGAAGAAGAGAUAGCGCUGGUGGAGCAGGAAGCUGGUGGGACCUCUGUAGAGAUGCCCACAGGAUCUGGAGGAAACCCCAAACAUUACGAACCCAUGCCUGAAACAGACAUAACUUCUGGGGUACCAACGUCACAGUCUGAAGUUUCAGGAACCAUCGCUUCAGGAGUUCCAGGAGAAGAAGAGAUAGCGCUGGUGGAGCAGGAAGCUGGUGGGACCUCUGUAGAGAUGCCCACAGGAUCUGGAGGAAACCCCAAACAUUACGAACCCAUGCCUGAAACAGACAUAACUUCUGGGGUACCAACGUCACAGUCUGAAGUUUCAGGAACCAUCGCUUCAGGAGUUCCAGGAGAAGAAGAGAUAGCGCUGGUGGAGCAGGAAGCUGAUGGGACCUCUGUAGAGAUGCCCACAGGAUCUGGAGGAAACCCCAAACAUUACGAACCCAUGCCUGAAACAGACAUAACUUCUGGGGUACCAACGUCACAGUCUGAAGUUUCAGGAACCAUCGCUUCAGGAGUUCCAGGAGAAGAAGAGAUAGCGCUGGUGGAGCAGGAAGCUGGUGGGACCUCUGUAGAGAUGCCCACAGGAUCUGGAGGAAACCCCAAACAUUACGAACCCAUGCCUGAAACAGAUGUGGUUUCUGGGGUCCCAACUCCCCAGUAUGAAGAGUCUGGAAGGAGUGUCACGCUUUAUGAACCAGAAACUGAAGGACCUUCUGUAACUCUUCCACCUGAAGAAUCGAGUGCGGCUCCCCAGUUCCCUCAAACUGCGACGGAUUUGGACGACGGCGCCUCGUCUCAACCACGCGAAGAAUCAGGAGAAUCGGGAGCCAUUCCCCAAUACCCCGGGCCCACCGCAGCCCCUGAAAACUGGGACUCGACUGGAAUCCAAACCCAGGAGGUUGUGGCUUCAGCUGGAGAGCCCGAAUCUGGGGACUUGGGACACGUAGCCUCUGGUCAACCUGGAGAAGGAACAAUGGAUGAGAUUGGUUUCGGUGGACCAGUGGAUCAGAUUCCCAGUUCCCAACAUGGCGCUGGUUCUGCUCCGGAUCAGUCCGGCUACGCCUGGUCGGAUUUUCCAAUCCCUGAAGGAAGAGAAGUGGUUUCAGGAGAUGAGCGGAUAGAGGUGGUGGAGCAGGAAAGAGACGGGACCUCUGUCGAGAUGCCUAUGGGAUCCGCGGAUGAAGAGGGCAGGGUAGAGUCUGUGGAACAGGGAUCUGCUCCCAUCGUUGUCCUGGAGCCGGCAGUGGAGACCUCGACCGCAGUGGAGACCAGCACAGCCUGGCCCACGGAGGAGGUCUACCCAGAAGCCACCCCGUCUGGAACCAGCGAAGGAGGUCUUCUCGGCGGCUUCCCUGUCACUCUAAUCACCUCGCUGGCUCCUUCCCUGGAGGUCACGGUAGCUCCGGCCUGGCCGACGAACGCCGAAGCCAGCUCCCCUAGCGACUUGGAGACCCACAUCCCGGAUUCGGGACUACCAUCAGAGACCCAGUUCCCAUCCGGGGAAUUCCCACACCCUCAGGAACCGGAAGGAUCCAUUGAUGAGGAAAAGGUGGAAACCUGGGAUGGGAGCGCUCCAGAACUCCUAGCCCCCACCGUAGCUCCUCCGGAGGACAGCACCAGCCCUGCCUCUUACUACCCGGAAGGCAGCGUGGAGCAUUCUGGAAUGGCAGAGGUGGAGCUUGCUACAAGCCUGAUCGAUCUGGCGGAGCCUUCAGGUGUCCCCUCCGGGGCGCCAACUGCAGGGUUCUCGGUUGAAUGGCAUCAGGUUUCCGGCGAGGGUUCGGGGGUAACCGACAUUCCCCCCAGCCCAGAAACAAGCGGCUUUCCCCAAGAGAGAGAAGAGACCGACGUCUCGGCGAGCCUCCCACCCACCACCACCACCGCCGCCCCUCUGUUCACAGUAGGGACCUACAGCACAGCCGUCACAGGCUUCUUUCAAAGCACCACCUCUCGCUCUCAAGAAGCCGGUGGAGAAACGUCAGGGUUGCCUUGGCAGGAAUCGGGGAGCGGCGCCCACCCCGCGGUCUCCCAGACGGAAACUCCGGGGGUCGCCCUCCUCCCAGAUAACACUGGAACGAUGUCCACGUUCCAGUCCUCCACCGUAGUCCCGGAAGAACCCCGAACGACAGAUUCGGAGUACAGCGGGGAACACUCUGCCGUUCCAGUGGAGACGUUUGCGUCGACGUUAGCCGCUCCCAUUCCAGAGACGACCACAGCUUUCGGGGGCCAGACAGCCAGCACCACCCCUAGUUAUCCCACCCAAGAGACCACGGGCACGCCAAGCCCGACAACUUGGGAAAACACUGAGGACCUUUACAAAAGCACCACUACAGCCCUGCCGCUACCCACCAGCACCCUGAUGCCAACCCUGGAUCUCUAUGAGGAGGCCACUGAGGAGGCCUUUACCCCUAAACCCACCCUCGCUGCUUUGCCCACCGAAAGGGCAGUUUUGGGCCGCGUCGGGAACGUUUCAGAACUGUACAACGAAUUGAUGCGCAAGGCAGACGCCUGCCUGGACAACCCCUGUCAAAAUGGGGGUACCUGCGUGGAGGACGGGGCCCACACCAAGUGCCUGUGUCUUCCCAGUUAUGGAGGAGAGCACUGCAGGACAGAUCUGGAGCACUGCGAGGCUGGCUGGGAGAAGUUCCAGGGGUUCUGCUACAAGCACUUCAGUAAACGGCAAGGCUGGGAGGUGGCGGAGCAGCACUGCCGGAUGGGUGGGGGGCACCUGGCCAGCGUGAUGACCCCAGAAGAGCAGGACUACAUUAACAAUAACUACAAGGAGUACCAGUGGACCGGACUGAACGACAAGACCAUCGAAGGGGAUUUCCGCUGGUCAGACGGCAACCCCCUGCUGUAUGAAAACUGGUACCACGGGCAGCCUGACAGCUACUUCCUCUCAGGAGAGGACUGCGUGGUGAUGGUGUGGCACGACGGAGGGCGCUGGAGUGACGUUCCAUGCAACUACCAUCUCUCUUACACCUGCAAGAAGAGCAUCUCUUCUUGUAGACAGCCUCCCAUCGUAGAGAACGCCCGGACGUACGGGAGACUCCGGUCUCAGUACGAGACGAACUCGGUGGUCCGGUACCAGUGCCAGGAGGGCUUCCAGCAGAGGCAGAACCCCGUCAUUAAGUGCCAGUCUGACGGGAAGUGGGAGGAGCCCCAGAUCAUCUGUAUCCCGGCCAACAAAAGCACCAGCACCAGCCCUGAAGUGAAGACUGGGUCUGAGCCCCAGGUCCAGAUUGAAGAGCUGUUCACAGAGGGGACAGCCACGGAACAAGCACCCGAAAUAGGGGACUUGUACUGGGGGGGCAAGAAGAAGUAACCCCCCUCUUCCCUCUCUCACUGUACCCCCCCCACCAUCCCGAGCAAAAACAAGACGAGAGAAACCCCCCCCCCCCCCCCCCAAAAGCUUGUGUCCUGAAAAACAAUCCCUAUUUUUAUCUGCUUUUUAUAUUGACUUCUACAGAGUGCCGUCCGUCCAAUUGAUCUGUGAUCGACACGAUUUCAAUUAGAAUCACAGCGAUCUGGAAUCUGAGGGGACACAAAGCCACUUUCUCAGGGCUUGAGAGCUGGUUCCAGGAGACCCCCCGGGGAGACCUAGUUUGGGGUUUGCUGUAUCAAACCCCCGAGUCUCCCUGCCUGGUGUGCCGCGCAGCGUCCUGAAACCUACCAGUCUCCCGAAACCAAGCUGCAAGCCGCAGAGCAGGGGCUCCGUGUUCCCUUCGGCUUUUACAGCGGCUUUGAAAAAGGAUAGAGCGAGACUUUUUCAUGACUGUGCGCAAAAUUAGAAAUACGCUUCCCAAUCGUCUUUUAUAGCAAAGUCAGAUAUAGUUAGUUCGGAUAGCACCGCCCUGUUGAGUCCUGAAGCUGAGAGAACACGAAGCCACUUAAAAUAUAUCUGUUAAAUUCAGGACCUGUUCCCUCGCAUCCAGAGAUGUAUGUAACACAGACUAGAUCGGCUGUAGAAGAGCCAAUGGCAUCUAAUGAGCCGCCGCUUUGGAAACGAGCUUCCUGCAGUGUUGCUGGCAAUACAUUAGCUGUCCACUAGAUGGCGCCGGCGGUGCUUACUAAUAUCAAGAUGGAAUUACAUCGAUGUCAAACUUCUGAAGUCCUUUUCAAAGCGCCUUUAAAACAGUCUUGUGAAAAAAAAAAAGUGAACAAUUUAUUUUUAUUUUUUUUAUUUGAUAGGGUUUGCAGUUAUUCCCCACGGGUUCGGCUUUCCCCCGAUAUCGAAGUGCUGUUUUUCUUUCUGUAAGUCUGCGUCAUAAUAAUAAUAAUAAUAAUAAAACCCAGUCUCAUUGCAAUUUCGUUUGCAGCGGCAAAUUACUCGACCAGCCCCCAUAGAUAUAAAGUAAAUUUCGCAGUGCAAUUGCAGGCUCGGUUAGAGCUGGGAUUGUGAUGGCGAUGUGAUUCUGCACAGCGCUCUGGGGUGCCGUGGCGUCAAGAGAGGGCGCUGUAUAACAAAAAAAAUAAAAUAAAACUAUAUUGAAUUGUACCAGUAGCAAGCAGAGGGAUGUCAUUCUCUAACCUUCAGUCUUAGACCGGUGACAGUGCGGGGGAAACGACUGGAAUAAUCCGGUCAGGGUGUUUAGUAGAGAUUGCUGUGAACCGUGCUAAACUCAAACCGGUUUCAGAGCUGCGAUGGCACGUUGAUAAGGUCAAGUAUCCGUGAAUGACAGACGGACGAGAAGCGGGUAUAACUGUAUACACAACAUUGCAAAACACACACACACACAUACAUAAGUUUGCCCUGUGAUGCAGAGCAGUGUAAACCCGUAUAUGCAGAAGGACUGGUACCAGACCGAAUGAUAGCAGCACUUUUUUAUCGAGCUGUAUAGGGGUUGAUUGACGGUAAAUUUUAUUUAAAAAAAAAACAAAAAAAACGCUGUCUUUUUUUUUUUUUUAAAUAAACCUUUUCAUUAUUGAA